AUGUUCGAUUUGCGUCAUCUUGAGCAUUCGACAAUCAUCUUCGAAGAACCAACACGAGCACCACUGUUGCGUUUGGCGUGUAAUAAGCAGGACCAUAAUUAUAUUGCUACAUUUGCGCAAGAAUCUACCGAAGUUAUAAUCCUUGAUAUACGAUUACCGUGUACGCCUGUAGCGAAACUGGACAAUCAUCGUGGGCGUAUGAAUGGAAUGGCUUGGGCGCCACAUUCUCCAUGUCACAUAUGUACGGCAGGAGGCGAUUGUCAGGCGCUAAUUUGGGACAUACACACAAUGCCGCGACCUGUCGAUGACCCGAUACUAGCAUAUCAAGCAAACGGCGAGGUGAAGCUCUUUGUUUAA